AUGAUUGAAUCUAAUGUAAAAGUCAAUCCUGAUAUGAGAACUUAUCUUGUGAAGCCCUCUAAAAUCAAGCUUGUCAACGACGACACUGAUAAUGCCUCGAGUUUUAUUUUCAGCAAUAUGUUUCGCCAUAAUAUUUUAGCUAAUUUGAAAGCUAAUGAAGUCUUUUGUAACUGUAACAUACAGAAUACAAACACUAUAAAAAUAAAAAGUGAAAACGAAGUCGUUUGGAUCGUUCAACUAUCUGAUCUUCAUUUUAGUGUUCAUCAUCCUGAACGUGCUUUUGAAUUCCAAAAAUAUGUUACUUCUGCUCUUUCAUUCAUCAAUCCUUCACUUGUUCUCAUUACCGGCGAUCUCACCGAUGGUAAAAGUAAGGAUCAUUUGAUAAUGAAGCAGAAUGAAGAUGAGUGGAUUGAAUAUCAAAAAACGAUGGAAAAUGUUAUAACGAUGAGUGGUCUUGAUAAGAACAUUUUUUAUGAUCUUAGGGGAAACCAUGAUAAUUUUGGUGUACCCACCGUAAGUGGCCCAUACGAUUAUUUUUCAAAUUACAGCAUCACGGGACAAUUGGGAAGAAGUCAAUCUGUUAAUAGUGUUACUCUGCAGACUAGCAACCGGAAUCUUCUAUUCGUUUCCUUCGACAGCACGAUGUCUACUGGUUUGCGCGGUCCUACAAAUCUUUUUGGGCAUCCCACUGAUCAAUUGUUGACUGAAAUAAACUCUCAUUUCUCACAAUGGGACGCCACCUCUGCAAAACCACUAACCAAGAUUGCAUUUGGCCAUUUUCCACUUUCAUUUUCCGCACCUUCAAAAUCCAAAAAAACUCUAAAAGAGAUUUUUUUGAAAAACUCAGUAACUGCCUACCUUUGUGGACACCUUCAUGUAAAGUUCGGUAAGAAUUUGAAACGGCACCAUGAAAUGGGCUCUCACGAGCUUUUCCAACUCAAUGUACAUCAAAAGGGUUCACCAAGUAGUACAAGUUGUCCAAAUGGAGGUCAAAUAGUCAAUGAAUUUUGGGAGUUGGAAAUGGGUGAUUGGAGGAAAAAUCGAGCCAUGAGGAUUAUGGCCAUCGAUAAAGGUCGAGUCUCAUUUGUUGACACCGAUUUUAAGAUGGGAGCUAAAGAAAUCUUGAUAUUGCCAACAUAUCCUUUGGAUUCCCGUUAUAUGUCAACAACUGUUUUAAACAAAUAUAAAUGUGAAUCAAUGGAGGAUGUGUCCCAUAUCCGAGCCCUUGUUUUCUCUUCGACAAAAAUUGCAUCAGUCAAAGUGAAAGUAUAUGACUCGAGCCAUGGAGAUCUUCUUAUGGUUCUGGAAGCAUCCAUGAGUAAAAGUGAAGAUCUAUAUACUGUCCCAUGGAACUUUAAAUCCUUUAUGGAUCCAUCUCCCAAUAGAUAUUGGCUUAAAAUUGAGGCAAUUGAUAUCAAUGAUGAAAUGAGUUCGACUGAAUUGAUGCCUUUUUCCUUAAACGGUCUACGUACUGAUCUUUCAUGGACAUGGAAAGAAUUUUUUAUCAUGGGAUGUCAAUGGGCAGAAUUAUACUACCCGAUAUUCUGGUCAUUCUAUUUUGUUAUGUUCAUUCUUCUUAUUCUACCAAAAGCAGUCACUUUGUUGUGGAGGAAGCAGUACACUUACAAGUUUUUUAAGGCGAAUAAAGGCAUCUUAAAUGGUUUGACAUGGAUAUUUGCUGAGGUGGACAGCAUCGCCCUUUUGUGGAAGAUGAUGAUAGCGUAUUUGCUUUACCUUCUAUUGUGUCCAUGGCUUCUAGGUCAAGUUUUCACUGAAGGUGGUGAUAGAGGAUACAUGACAUAUAAAGGGUGGGUGGUGAACUUUAAUGAUUUAAGAAAAUUGGAGUUCAUUGGAAUCCCAGAUGUAAUGAUUGUUGUUAUUCCUCAUCUUUAUUUUGUGGUAUUGCCGGCGGUUUUAAUAAUUGGAGCAGUGGCGGCUGAGAGAGCAGUGUAUCAGGAGCAUGUUUGCUCACUCUCCGGAAAGAAAAAAGAUGAUAUUGGUGUAUAUGAUGGAAGAUUGAACUCAAGUAAUUACAUAAGUGACCGCAUUUUAAAGCAGUUGGGUAAAUGGGCUCGGGCUAUACUUGUAGUUUUCUCCCUGGCGGUUUGUUGGAAGCAUUUUAAGAACUGUUGGGCACUCAUGAAAGCUUAUGAGAUGAACCCGUUGGUGCAUUUUCCAUUUUAUAGUUUCUCGGUCCCAUUUUUAUUGGCCUAUGUCUUCUACAAGACAAAAAGGCUAUGAUACCCUGUGCUUCUUAUCCCUCAACCUCGACGGGAGCGAGGGAUAUCAAACCUCUCUCCUCUACACACGAUCGGCUGGAUUCAGGACCGUAAGGUAUUAAUGAGCCAACCGUAUCCAGCUUUUUGAAAGAUCAAAAGGUUGUGGCAUUUAAUCAUUUAUACAGGAUCCGUCAGUGAAUAGAAUUUGUAGAUGAAGGUGCGUCUUUGUUGAAGCAGUAGAGACACAUAUAGUAAGAAUUUUGCAUUAACACCUUGAUCAAUGAGUUUCAUGUUAAUAUAUGACAAUUCUCAUCAGAAGUUGUUGUACUGGUAAAAGUUUGCAGAAAACAAUGUUCAAAUUAGCUAUAAUUUCUCCAAAAGAAUCCCUUUCGUGAAGAACUUGAUUAAUUUGUUCUCCCAAUGUCUUGUAAAGCACAUGUAGUUUUUUUCAUAUCUAUCUUGAUCUUAGUGUAUCCUUGGAUUGAGUAAAUCAAAUAACAGAGACUCUUAUCUAAGUCAGUACUAGGAGCAUUCAUGUACAUGUAGGUCCGUCUUGACUUGUAUCACUCAUAGAUUCGUUAAGUUAUGUUGACAUGAAACAAGCAUUCGAAUAUGCAUGUGUAUGUUUCUAUGUGCAUAUAAACACUUGAUACAUUUGGUCUA